UUUUAUUUACUAUCCCGGUGCGGUCGUGUGGUGCGUGAGAUCACUGGCGGUUUUGAAUGAUUUCGAGUCGAACGGAUACAACUUUUUUUCCUUGAAACAUUAAAGUAAUAUCGCAAAAAUGACCCUUGUGAAAGAGAAAUCGGACAGUGAUUAUUUGGAGUGGUCUGCAGAAGAUGAAAUCCAGCUGUUUUUCGCAAUGGAUGGACUUCGUCCGGUCGGCAUCAACAAGCACUUCGUCAUUGCGUGCAUCACCGAGAGGCUAUCGAAGGCUCUGAACCGGGAAGUGAGCAGCGAAAUGAUUUGGUCGCACCUGAAAACCAUGUACAACCUGAAGGCAUUAGAUGAGCAGGAUGAACUUUUGCUUCCUACUGAGGAGACAGAUUUCAGUUUGCCGGAGGCUGAAUAUUCUUCCGUUAUGAAACGGAAGUCGGUAGAAGAGCCUGCAAGCGCUGAAGAAACUAAGAAAAUUGAUGCAAAGCCGGAACCCAUCGUAAAACCUGCCAAAGAGAAGGAAAUUCCCGAAAAGGAAAAGCCCGUGGAAAAGGAAACCAAAUCUAGCAAGGCGAAAAAUGAAAACUCGGAAAGUACGCCUAAGCGACCGCAGAAACGUACACGAGGAUCGAUGUCGCUCGAACCGAAUGCCAGCAGCCCCGCUAGUACACCACCAAAUAUACAUAGCAGCAAGAGGCGAAGAAUUUAGAAAUGGUAGAGCUACCUAAUUUAGAAGUUACUUUAUUCCCCUAGAAUAGUAUACCUAUAACAUUGAAUAAUACUAAUACAUUUAAACCUUUCAAAUAAGAUAAUAUUUGUAUUUUUAA